AUGGAUUGCUCUAAAGCACAAAAAUUGCGAUUCGGUAUGCAUAUGUUAACUGAGGAAGCUGAUGACUGGUGGAUUAACACUCCUCAGGUGUCGGAUAUUAUAGCUAAAGUUGUAACUUGGGCUGUGUUCCGUCAGGAAUUUUUGAGAAAGUACUUUCCUGAGGAUGUUUGUGGGAAGAAGGAGAUUGAGUUUAUGGAGCUAAAGCAGGGUAACUUGUCCGUUACUGAGUAUGCUGCCAGAUUUGUGGAACUUGCUAAGUUUUACCCUAUUUACAGUGACGCGACUGCUGAAUUCUCAAAGUUUAUCAAAUUCAAUAAUGGUUUGCGUCCUAAGAUUAAGCAAGUGAUUGGAUACCAACAGACCAGGAGGUUUCUAGAGUUGGUGAACAAUUGUAGAAUUUAUGAGGAUGAUAGUAAGGCUCAGUCGGCUCACUACAAGGGGUUGAGUGAGAGAAGAGGAAAGCAUAAUCUGAACUAUGGGAAGCUAUAUAGUUCCUCACCUGAUAAAGGUAAACAAAGAGUUGCUGAUGGUAAGAGGCCAAGUGGGGGAGGUUCUCCUACUCCUCUUAAGUGA